AUAAUGAGUGCGUGCAUGGUAGUAGAUCGGAUAAUGAGAGCGUGCAUGGCAGUAGAUCGGAUAAUGACAUCGUGCAUGGCAGUAGACCUGAUAAUGAGAGCGUGCAUGGCAGUAGAUCAGAUAAUGAUGGCAUGCAUGGCAGUAGAUCAGAUAAUGAGAGCGUGCAUGGCAGUAGAUCGGAUAAUGACAGCGUGCAUGGCAGUAGAUCAGAUAAUGACAACGUGCAUGGCAGUAGAUCGGAUAGUGACUGCGUGCAUGGCAGUAGAUUAGAUAAUGACAGCGUGCUUGGCAGUAGAUCAGAUAAUGACAGCGUGUAUGGCAGUAGACCAGAUAAUGACAGCGUGCAUUUCAGUAGAUCGGAUAAUGAGAGCGUGCACGGCAGUAGAUCAGAUAAUGACAGCGUGCGUGGCAGUAGAUCGGAUAAUGAGAGAGUGCAUGGCAGUAGAUCGGAUAAUGUGAGCGUGUAUGGCAGUAGAUCAGAUAAUGACAGCAUGCAUGGCAGUAGAUCGGAUAAUGAGAGCGUGCAUGGCAGUAGAUCGGAUAAUGAGAGCGUGUAUGGCAGUAGAUCAGGUAAUGACAGUGUGCAUGGCAGUAUAUCAGAUAAUGACUGCGUGCAUGGCAGUAGAUAA